AUGAAUCAAAGCCGGCCGGCAAUGUUUGAGUUUUCCGGACUGACCGAUAAUACAGCUCUUGCCGUUUUCCUCUUCGUAUUCUUCCUCCUUGUUUAUACGAUAACUGUGGUGGCCAACAUUGGGCUUUUUGUCGUUGUCUAUAAGACGUCCUCCCUCCACACCCCCAUGUACUACUUUCUUCGGUACCUCUCGGUGGUGGACCUCUUUUAUUCCUCAGAUAUUGUCCCUAAAAUGAUUUCAGACAUUUUUUUCAGAAGAAAGUUCAUCUCAUUUCAUGGGUGUGCUCUUCAGUUCUACUUCUUUGCUGCUUUGGCCAGUAUUGAUGUUCACCUCCUCUCGAAUAUGUCCUAUGACCGGUACGCUGCCAUCUGCCAGCCUCUACAGUACGUUUCCAUAAUGACCACAAACAAAUGUUUCUAUAUGGUUCUCAUAGCUUUUGUUCUUGGCUUUUUGCAGUCCUCAGUACAGACCAGUUGUAUAUUCAGCCUUCAAUAUUGUGGCUCGAAUCAUAUCGACCAUUUCUACUGUGACAUUUCUCCACUGCUCAAGCUUUCCUGCUCAGAUACCUUUACGUGUGAGAUGGCCAUCACAUCCCUCAUUGGGUUUUACAGCAUAGUUUCUCUGGCCACCAUCCUGAUUUCCUACAGUUUCAUCAUAUUUUCCAUUUUAAAGAUUAAAUCGGCUAAGGGCCGACAGAAAGCCUUCAGCACCUGCUCCUCACACGUCAUCUGUGCCUCCAUCUUUUACGUGUCCGUGUUCCUCACUUAUUUACAUCCUCCCUCUAAUGUAAAUGAUAAGCAAAGUAAGGUGGCCUCCAUCUUCUAUUGUGUCAUGACGCCCAUGUUAAAUCCUCUCAUAUACAGCCUGAGGAACCAGGAGGUAAAGACCAUCAUUGUCCAAGCAAUGCACAGUCUAAAUAGUCUGAAGGAGAAGGUCCUGCACCACUCAGGCCUGACGGAGAAGGUCCUGCACUCAGGCCUGAAGAAGAAGGUCCUGCACCACUCAGGUCUGAAGGAGAAAGUCCUUCACCACUCAGGCCUGAAGGAGAAGGUCCUACACUCAGGCCUGAAGGAGAAGGUCCUGCACCACUCAGGCCUGAUGGAGAAGGUCCUGCACCACUAUGGCCUGAAGGAGAAGGUCCUGCACUCAGGCCUGAAGAAGGUCCUGCACUAA